CGGGUGGAUCAUCGGUGAGGAUGGGAAGUGGGCGGCCUUGGCAGGGGCUCCUCGCCAUGUCUUGCCCCUCCCAUCGCUGCCCACCUACUAUUUAAGCCACUGCAAGGAGGAGGGACACGCAGUUUCACUUCAGCUCACUUCAAGACAUCAUGAGGAUCCUGUUUAUGGUCGGCGUGGUCGCUGCCGCUGUGGCACACCCGCUGCCCGACGACUGCGCCCUGCUGGUGGGGGGCGCCAUCCCCUACGCGCACACCCACGCCAUAGCCGCCGCCCCCGCCAUAGCCCCUGCCCCCGUGUCCUACGCUGCCCCUGCCCCCGUGUCCUACGCUGCCCCUGCCCCCGUGUCCUACGCUGCCCCUGGUGUCUGGCCCUACGCUGCCCCCGCUGCCUGGCCCUACGCUGCCGCUGCUCCCUUGACCUACGCUGCCCCUGCUGCCGUGGCCCUGCCCCCUGCCGAGGUGCAGGUGCCCGUGACACACACCCACGUGGAGGUGCCCGUCCACAAACAGGUCCACUACGGCACACAGUCCUACGUGUCCGGCUCCACCACGUCCAUCCACAAACCCGCCCUCGUCGCCCCCGCCAUCGCGCCGCCCUCCACCCUCCUCUCCAAGAUCUCCUACAAUACCCCCGAGGUCACUGUGCAGCACCAGGAGGUCCCCGUUGAGAAGCACACCCCCAAGUACGUGGAGAAGCCCUACCACGCCGGCUCCAUCAUCAAGUACACCGCCCCGGAGGUCAAGGAGAUUAAGGUGCCCACACCCUACGCCCACCCCGUUCCCGUGCCCCACCCUGUCCCCGUGGCCCAGCCUGUGCCCGUAGCCCAGCCUGUGCCCGUGGUCCAGCCUGUGGCUCUGGCCCAGCAUGUGGCCGUGGCCCAGCCUGCGCCCCUCCUGCUGGCUGCCGCUGACUGCGACGACUAAGAAAUCCUAGCUUAGCCAAAUCCUUCGUCAAUCCUUACUAUACUUUGUAGUCAUUAACUGGAAGACACUACGUAGAACACUUGUUCCAUCAAUAAAAACAACUCUCCGUUAAAUGUCUGAAAUAUUUUAUGAAGUAUAUACAGUGAUAUAAUACAGUAAAUACUAUAUGGAAA